CUCAGAUCUGACAACCCCCAGGAAUCAGCCGUGCGUCCGUUCUUCACCAUGAAUCCAACAAGACCCCCAGUUUAGCAGCAAUACAAGUUUUUGUUUUUUUCUUUUUCACUGCUGAGUGGUAACCUGUUCGCGUCAUCAAAGUGUUUGUGCGCAAAAAAAGUCCUGAAAUCUGGGAGAAACUGCGCGUAAUUUCCUCAACAUUUACUUCCUUCAGCCGCUUGGAGCCGAAGGCGGACGGUGUUUCUGGAGAUUUUCUGCUUUUAUUUGAUCAGAGGGGAAUAUUUUACCUUUUUGCACACCGACAUGGAGUACACGUCUUCCCCGAAGCCGCAGCUCUCAACCCGGGCCAAUGCUUUCUCCAUAGCCGCCCUGAUGUCCAGCGGGAAGUCCAGCAAGGACAAGGAGGCGGAGGAGAACACCAUCAAACCCCUGGAGCAAUUCGUGGAGAAAUCCUCCUGCAACCAGCAGCCUCUGGCUGACCUGUCCUCUCUGGACGGACACGGGGACUUCAGCGGGAGCGCGCCCGUAGUGUGCACGGAGCCGCUCAUCCCCACCACUCCCGGGAUCCCCAGUGAAGAGAUGGCGAAGAUUUCGUGCAGUCUGGAGACCAAAGAGUUGUGGGACAAAUUCCACGAGCUCGGCACUGAGAUGAUCAUCACAAAGUCUGGAAGGCGGAUGUUUCCUACCAUCCGGGUCUCCUUCUCCGGAGUGGACCAGGACUCCAAGUACAUCGUCCUGAUGGACAUCGUUCCGGUGGACAACAAGCGGUACCGCUACGCCUACCACCGCUCCUCCUGGUUGGUGGCCGGCAAGGCCGACCCCCCUCUGCCCGCCAGGUUGUACGUCCACCCGGACUCUCCGUUCACCGGGGAGCAGCUGAUGAAGCAGAUGGUCUCCUUCGAGAAGGUCAAGCUGACCAACAACGAGCUGGACCAGCACGGACACAUCAUCCUGAACUCCAUGCACAAGUACCAGCCGCGGGUCCACAUCAUCAAGAAGAAGGACCACACUGCGUCGUUGCUCAACCUCAAAUCAGAGGAGUUUCGCACCUUCGUGUUCGUUGAGACAGUCUUUACUGCUGUCACAGCCUAUCAGAACCAGCUGAUAACCAAGUUGAAGAUCGACAGCAACCCAUUUGCCAAAGGUUUCAGGGAUUCCUCGCGGUUGACGGACAUGGAGAGCAGGGAAAGUGUUGAGAAUCUGAUCCACAAGCACUCGUACGCCCGAUCACCGAUCAGAACCUACGCUGGUGAUGAGGAGAACCUCAGCGAGGAUGGACACACCACACACACCAGAGGGUCAGCGUUUACCGCCUCAGAUAACCUCUCUCUGAGCUCCUGGGUUACCACUACCUCAGGCUUCUCAGGCUUCCAGCACCCUCAGACCUUGUCAGCCAUGGGCACCGGCACUGCCUCUCUACCCCACCCCAUCCAGGGAUCCCUUCCCCCUUACAGCCGGCUAGGUAUGCCUCUGACGCCCACUGCUCUGGCUGGAACCAUGCAGGGCAGUGGGCCAUCCUUCCCUUCCUUCCACAUGCCCCGCUACCACCACUACUUCCAGCAGGGGCCCUACGCCGCCAUACAAGGACUCCGCCACUCCUCCACGGUCAUGACUCCCUUCGUAUGACUUCACAGAGUAGAGGGCCAGAACUUACUCUGACCUUUGAUAGGGUGCAGACAUUUAAUCCUCAUCACUCCUCACCUGGUUUGCACCUGUCCCUCUGGUUGUUGUAAAUAAUUUACCUGUAGUGAGUGGGGUGAUGGUGGUGACAUGAAGAGGAACCUGCACACUGGACUGAGACAGACUGUGUUUCUCUCUCAGGAUCUGACUCCUAAGAACAGCUCUGAUAUAGGAAAAGACUGAUGACCUCAUUGCAAACCAAAUGCAGGACAAAAACACACGCAUGCAUGUUUUAUUUCAGCCCUCGAAAACAAAGUACACUUUCUAACUGUUUUUAAAAUGGCUCCAGAACCUAGCAGGGUGAGAUUCCUAAAAAUGACACAAUGAGGUGGAUGGAACAUUUCAAUAUGAAGGACAUGCAGAGCAGCCAUCUUAGCUCCUAUGUGUUAGGCAAGCCAGCCAUAUGUACAGUUCAGAAUUACAACUCCACGCUCUCGGGAUGAUGUAGAAAUGUGUCUAAACAAACUGAGGAAAAUGCAUUACCGGAUCCAUUUACUUAGACGUUUCUCACUGUAAAUUAAUGAAAAAAGAAUCUUAGAACGCAUGCUGACUGCAGUAGACCAACACAUUGCUUAACUUUGUACGUUUUAACAUGGAACGAAGGACUUCAGGCAUAAAAGAGGAAAAUAUUUUUGCUUCAAAGGCCUGGUCAAACCAGGAAUUGCAAACCUGAUUUUAACCGAGGCUGUGGGAGCAGAAUGUGUCAUCAAGGCUCGCUUUUCCCAAGGGUUGUAUUUUAGACAGAACACAUUCUUUAUACUAGGCAUAGGACAGUUUCCUGUAUCAAGGUAAACCGAGGUUUUAAAAAGUUAUGGUUUCAAAACUGCAAACAUUUUCAAUCACACAGUUUCAAAAUACUUUUAUUGGGAUGCCAGAGAAAGGUCAGGAGUUUUAGGUUUCUCCCACUGUUUUGAGGAUAGCUCCGUUGCUCCACACUGCUGGUCAGCUGGCUGAAGGAAUGCUACUACAUUUCCCCCAUUAUAACGAGAAAGACAGUUUUGGCUGUUUGGAAAUAAAAACGGCGCCACCCAUCACAAUUAAGGUAAUGCUGUUUUGAACCUAAAGUUGGCCAGCUACAAGCAGCAUAUCUAAUUAGCAGCCAACCACAGGCUCUAUGUAAGCAAACAGCUGCACUAAUUGCAUUUUUCAUUUUACAUAAAUACUGUGAAACCAUGGUAUUUUCACUCAAAGAUAUCAUACCACAAGAAUCUCAUCCUGGCUCAUGUCUGCAUCAGACUGUAUCAAAGGUAAUUAAUGAUGGAAACAAAGCUGCUUAUUACAUCUUAUAACUUUAUCCUACAAAGAAGCUGAUAAAGAAUAUAAGAAGUGUAUUUCAGCUUCCUUUAGUCCAAGCGCAGAGUUUAGUCAAGGUCAAAUAAAUUAAAUCAAAAUAGUAAAUCAUAUCUGAUCUUAAUACUGCCACAGUCUUCUAAAGGAAACAUUUAAAAGUGGUUUCCAAGGAAGUAGUCAGAAGUAACUAUAAAAACAUACAAGAACAACAACUGAAACAUCAGCUGGUUAAAAUGGACUCCACUUACUCCAUUUAACAACUAAAGAUGAUGGACAACCAGCUCAGAGACCUAAAGGUGCAGCUUCGAUUGUUUAAAGUCUAACAGCCUAACAGAGAUUUGCUGAAUUCCUCUGCAACCUUCAGCUUGAGUGUAGCGAACAUAAACCACCUGCAGACAAUCUGCAGCAGGUUGAGCUGAUUCACAGCCCUGUUGGCGUGCGUCGACAGAAAGUUCACACAACAAAGUAAUGUCUCUGUUUAACCUCUUUUAAAAGCACAGAGAGAGAAGAAAGGUGGAAGCAUGAAGAGCUGACCUGCAUUGUGACAGCAAUUCAUGGUUCUGGUCAUUUAUCCAAAAAAAAAGACUUGAUUUGAACAUCUGUCCUGGAUAUACACCAAAAUGUUCCCUGAUAUUUGGAUUUAUUCAGUCUGUUAUUGUCCAUAUAGGUUUUGGUUCCUACUGGAAAGAGGCUGAAAUUAGGUGAGAACAAUUCAACGGCUAAAAAAAAGGAACAAUCUCAACUUUUGCAGAUACUUUUUAGCUUUUCGUGGAAAAAAAAUAAAGGCGAUACUUCUAAUAAUAGUUUGUGACUGCAUGAAGAUCAGGUUGUCAAGAAAUGUUUAAAAAGGGCCAAGUUACCAACACUGUAAAAUGACUUGCAACCUUUUUUACUUCUACAAGCCGAUUAUGGACAUUUGAUUUAAUCUCUUCUUGGUUUGCAGAAGACUUUCUCUUUCUAAGCCUUUUCUGAUGUCCAGCCUGAACUGAGUUUUUAUUUUUUUCAGUGUAAACAUAAACACUUUUGAGUUUUGACUUUUUAUUGAAGAUAACCUUUUUUUUUAUUGUUUUGUCUUGCAUAAUCUGACCCCAACAAGUUUCUGUUUCACUGAUUUUUAAGUGCAAUAUAUUUAUUUUGCUCUGUGGAAAUAACCUGUAAUGUGUUGUAUCUCAUUUAAAGCUAUGUGUAAACCAUGACAAAUAUAUAUAUAUAUAUAUAUAUAUAUAUAUAUAUAUAUAUAUAUAUAUGUUUAUAUACCACCACCAAAACAUUUCCUGGAUUUGUUUUUCAUUAGCAGAAACAUAAAGGACACUAACAAAUUGA